AUGGCCAAAGAUACCGAACUCGACACAGAGCUGCCCUCGGUCGAGGAAGAUCUCUAUAAGCUUCUGGGCAUUGAAUCGGACGCGACCCCAGAAGCCAUCAAGAGUGCAUACAAGAAGAGUGCACUGAGAAAUCACCCUGACAAGGUGAGCGAAGAUGCCCGCGAAGCAGCGAACGCGAAAUUCCAGCAGAUCGCGCUGGCAUACGGUGUUCUUUCCGACCCUCGGCGACGAGAAGUGUACGAUCGCACGGGCAGCACGAACGAAGCAUUCUCUGAAGAGAGCGAUUUCAACUGGAUGGACUUCUACCGCGAACAGUUCUCGUCGAUGAUCGAUGCCAAGAGGAUCUCAGAAUUCCAAAAAAGCUACCAGAACUCAGAGGAGGAGAAGAAUGAUCUGCUCGCGUCGUAUGAAACUCACCAGGGUGACAUGGAUGCCAUCUAUGAGUCUGUGAUGCUGUCCAAUGUACUCGACGAUGACGAACGAUUCCGUGCGAUCAUUGACCAGGCAAUUGCUGACGAGGAAGUGGAGGAUUACAAAGCCUAUUCACAGGAGUCUGAAAAGAAGAAACAACAGCGGGUGAAGCAGGCACAGAAGGAAGCGGGUCAGGCGGCAAAGGAAGAAAAGAAGAUGCAGGCCAAGAAGAAGAAGUCUGGAAAGAGCUCUGGUGGGGUGUCUGAUUUAGAUGCAUUGCAGGCCAUCAUCUCCCAGCGACAGAAAGACCGGGGCGGAGAUUUCCUGUCUCGGUUGGAGGAGAAGUAUGCGCAGCCUGGAGAUAAGCGUCCUGGUGAUGAUGGGCCCUCGGAGGAGGCCUUUGCCGCUGUUGGUGCACGUAGGAGCACAAAGAGCAGGUCGAAGAGGGUCAAGACUUGA